AUGGCACGCAUUCAGAACCAGCAGCAUCGGAGGGCUCCCAGGCCAUCUCGAUGGAGGGUGGCAUCCGAUGAAGAUCGCUUCAAGUUGCAAUGCAAUGCCUUGCAGUACUAUCUUUUUGCCCCGGACGCUGCACCCAUCAUCGGCAUGGUCCAGGUUCUUUCUGGCUGUCGCCAUCACCCUUCUGCGAGUCCAAGUUCAACCGGCACCAGAAAUUCUUCCAUGUCCAGCACCGGGUUUGUACUUGAAGCCCGGACGUUUUUGUCGGGCAUGGAGCUCGCAAGCCCGUCACCUAUGUACAACGGACCGUUGGGACCACUGGGACUGGUUUCCCUUUGGGGGGUGGGCGCUGGCUGCGGUGUGAGACAUGGGCUCAAUAAGUGCGGUGAAGGUGGAAAGACUCGCGGCUGCAUGGGCUCACCUGACGCAGCCACGUCUGCGGAGGUUACGCUGGUGAGGUCGGGUCAGCAAGAUGCCAUAAUCGCUUGUCAUCCACUCGAGACAGUCCAGCUUUUUGAUGCUGAAACCGCGGGACCACGAGAGCGCAGCUAUGCCACGGGUGCCACGGUUGCGUGA